ACGAUAUCACUGACCUGACAAUGUUAGUGAAUUACACCAUCAGUGUCACCACUGUGCACAACAACGGCCGUCACAGUAAACCUGCCAUUCACAUCUUCAGACCAGGUCCACCCCUGAGGAUCGUCCUGAUUGGGAAGAGUGGAGCGGGGAAGAGCCAAUCGGGAAACAGCAUUCUGGGAGAUGUCCAUAUUUCCAGAGCCUCAGAGUGUAAAGCACUAUCAACCGAACAUCCACGUGAAAUUAAGGUGAUAGAUACUCCUGCUAUAUUUCACUCAUCCAGACAUGAAACUAUAAUUACGAAGGAUAUCCAGGACUGCAUUGUGUUGUCCAGACCAGGUCCACAUGCCUUCCUGCUGGUCAUACAGAUAGGUCACUUCACCAAGGAGGAGCAGAAUGCAGUCAGGGCCCUCCAGGAGAUCUUUGGGGAGAAGGUGAAAGACCACAUCAUCGUCCUCUUCACACAUGGAGAUCAGCUGGAUGGUCAGACCAUUGAAGAGUAUGUGUCCAGUGGCUCUGAGGGACUACAGAAACUGAUCAGAGGCUGUGGAGGGAGAUUCCAUGUCUUUGACAACAAGGAGAGAGAGGGUAGUCCUCAGGUAGCAAAGUUGCUGAAGAAAAUAGAUGAGAUGGUGGCAGCUAACGGAGGAGAGCACUAUUCUGAUGAGAUGUAUGAGGAGACAACCAGAGUCAUGGAGGAAACACACCUUGAGUGGAAUUCCGAUCCAAGGGAGAUAGAUCGACAGCUGUCCUUCCUCCCUCUCCUGAAAACCAGGGUAGAUCAGCUUCACAAAACUCUCAGUCAGUAA